AUGAAUGUAACAAUAGAAAUGAUAAAAGAAGCUAUAAAAAACAGACAAAUAGAUUUGUUAAAUGAGUACUCAAAAUAUAUAGAAAAGAGUGAUUUAGAUACAGCAAUAGAGUUGUAUGAAAAAUAUCUGAAUAAAGAACUUGAUAAGAAACAAGUAGUUUAUAAUGCUCAAAUUAAAAUUAAAUCACUAAAAGAAAGAAACAAAGUUAAUUCAGAAGGAUUCUUUGUAUGCGAGUUUGAAUAA